ACUUUAAGGAGCUCCUGGAGAAAGUACUGUCAUUGAAUUUUUUUUUUUCACACAAGGAUGAAAAAACAACGUAGUGGUUGGGAGAAAGUGAAAGCUAAGAAAGAGGAAGAAAAACAAAUCCAAAAACUCUUGUCUAGCACCAAAAAAAUUACAGAAUUUUGUAGAAAAGGCACACCUGGAACAAGUGGAACAACUGAUAUACUUGCUUCAGCUUCAAGUUCAACCAGUGCAGCUGAUGUCAGUACAACAAGUUUGGUUGUUUCACAUGCAUCAGAUGAAAGUGAAACUAGUGCAGGAGCAAGUGGAUCCACGGAGUUGGACUCAGAACAACAAGAGGAAAUUUAUUCAGAUGAUAUUGGAGACUGGAUUAUCUGUGAUGCUUUGAGGGAAUAUUUUUGCCAAAAAGGAGUUGAUUGUCAACAUAUGGACAGUGAUUUUAGAGCUUCAGAAAAGACAUUUCCAGGUGAAACUUUUACAAGACACUGUACAAAGUCUUUAUUUUUCCGAGAACAGUUGAAUGGAGAAAAAAUUAAGCGUGAAUGGCUGUGUUAUUCUCCGAAAACUGGCAAAGUUUUUUGUGUUUUUUGCAAGCUAUUUUCAAAAGAGGAAAUCCAUUUGGCUUCAAAAGGGUAUUCAGAUUGGCGACAUGCCACAAGAGAUUUAAGUAGCCAUGAAAAUAGUGCUGGCCAUGGAAAAGCAAUUGAAAACCUCACCAUGAGAAAAAAUUCUGGCCAACGAAUAGACAAAGGUCUUGUUAAUCAGUUUGAGAGGCAGAAAAAAUAUUGGCAUGAAAUACUUCGCCGUAUCCUGAGUGUUAUAAAACUACUUGCAUCAAGAGGUCUUCCUUUUCGAGGAAGUGAUGAAAUUAUUGGAUCCGUACAUAAUGGAAAUUAUUUGGGCUGUCUUGAGCUGUUAGCUGAAUAUGAUCCAUUUCUUGCUGAGCAUAUUCAAAAGCAUGGCAACAAGGGAAGAGGUCACAUAUCCUACUUAUCAUCAACGAUAUGUGAUGAGUUUAUUGAACUGAUUGGUGAGCAGGUGCUACAGCAUAUUGUAAAAGAGAUAAAUAAAGCCAAAUAUUUUUCAAUUUCUGUUGACUCAACCCCUGACAUAGCACAUUUUGACCAACUGACCAUCAUAUUUCGCUAUGUACUACCUAGUGGUCCAGUGGAGCGUUUUACUAAAUUCAUUCCAAUAUAUGGACACACUGGUAUGGAGCUAACAAACACUCUUCUUCAAUUUAUGGAUGAAAAUGGAAUUUCCAUCAAAGACUGCAGGGGUCAGUCUUAUGAUAACGCAUCGAAUAUGAGUGGCAAAUAUAAUGGCAUGCAGGCCUUAAUUCGGGAAAAAAACCCACUUGCUGAAUACAUUCCUUGUUGUGCCCAUUCAUUUAAUCUUGUGGGACAAAAUGCCGUAAACAGCUGUCCAGUUGCAGUUUCGUUCUUUAAUUUCGUACAGCAGUUGUAUUGUUUUUUUUCUGCUUCAACUCAUCGGUGGAAUCUUUUAACAAAUGGUUUCAAACCAUGUGGUAUACCGACAUUAAAAAGGUUAGCUGAUACACGUUGGUCUGCUCACCAUGAUGCUGUAAAUGCCUUACAAAAAGGCUUUAGUACCAUCAGAGAUGUCCUUUUAAAUAUUUUGAGUGAUGAAGCCACAAACGGAGAGAUCUGUGUACAAGCAAAAGGCCUAAGCAAUGUCAUGGAUCAGCUGGAAACUGGGAUAAUGGUUGAAUUAUGGUCUGUCAUCUUACCUAGGUUUCACAAAACCAGUCAGUGUCUCCAAGAUGCAAAAUUAGAUUUGCAUACAGCAACAAACCUGCUGAACUCUCUGAAAGAUUUUGUGCAGUCCCUCCGAUCUAGGUUCUCUGAAUUUGAAGAGCAGGGUAAAAAUAUUUCUGGCUGCGAGGAGUAUCAGUUACAACGUGGAAGGAAAGUGAAAAGAAAUAGGAGGUGGGACUAUGGUGAUGCAGAAGAUGCUGAUACUGAUAUGACACCCUCUGAGAGGUUUAAAGUGCAUACCUUUUAUCCUAUAAUUGACCAACUGACAGAAUCACUGAGGCACAGGCAAGCAGCAUACAGCACAAUUGAAGAAAGAUUUGGAUUUCUAUCAGAAAUAUGCACUCUACAAGAUGAUAGUCUACGUUCCAGAGCCAGUAGACUCGUGACAAUAUACCCUGAAGAUCUUGCACCCCGGUUUGCAGAAGAAAUUGUACAGUUUUCCUCUCUUUUUAAAAUGUACCAAUCUUCACCUGCAUAUAAAGACAUUCAUGGUAGCCAACAAACUCAAAUGUACAAUUUUAUGAUGGCACAAUCCCUAAUCAGUGCAUUUCCGAAUACAUAUGUGACCCUCCGCAUGUAUUUGUGUUUAAUGGUCAGCAACUGCAGUGGUGAGCGUUCAUUUUCAGCAUUAAAACGUGUAAAAAAUGAACUAAGAUCUUCCAUGGGUCAGGAGCGUUUAAAUGCACUUUCUCUGUUGUGCAUAGAAAAUGGGUUGCUGAACACGCUUAAUCUUGACUCUACAAUUGAGGAAUUUGCAAGUAAAAAAGCAAGAAAAGUUCAUGUGUAGUAUUAUUUUAAUCUGCCAACUUGAUUCUUAUAGGUUAAAUGCAGUUUAGAGUUCAGUGAAUAAUCUGUUUGUGUGUUUAUUACUAGUGGUUGAAAUUUAUUUCAAGAGUUACUCUCUGCACCAUAAUCAUAACAGCAGGCUGUAUUGAUUAUGGUGCUUUAAUAAUAAUACUUUAAGGGACAUAUUUGUAUGAGCCAAACAUCAUACACGUAUAUUUAAAUUGUUAAAUUGUUUAUAUGGUUUACGUUUCUUUAAAAAAUGGUUGUUGUGAAUGUUCUAUUUAUAAUCGUUUUAUUUAAUUAAGAAGUUUUCUAUUGUUUACAAAAAAUACAUAUUUUCAAUAUGUUUCUGUUUUGGCACUUUAAUGGUAAUUAAAAUAUUUAAUAUGUUUUAACAAAAAAUAGUUUGUAUCUUCAUUUUAUUUAUUUCCAUAAAAAG